UAAUGUGAUAGACAAUGAAAGUGAGGAUGCGUCAAAGAGUGAAGUCGUGAAAAAACGGAAAACGAAAAAGAUUGAUGUGAUUAUAGAGGAUGAAAGUGGUGAGACGUCAAAGAAAGGAAAGACUAUGAAAAAAUGA